AUAACUCUAAAGGGCCGAGAACAAAAGGUAGAUUCUUAUCAAGAACCAUUUACGCAUCAGGCUCCAGAGCAGAUACCAAAGACAUUUGUAGAGGCGGUGAACAUACUUCGGCCUUCAGCUAUCAUUGGAGUUGCAGGAGCUGGGCGGCUCUUCUCUCAGGAUGUGAUCAAAGCAAUGGCCUCUAUCAAUGAGCGACCCAUAAUAUUUGCCCUAAGUAACCCUACAGUGAAAGCUGAAUGCACAGCAGAGGAAGCAUAUACGUUAACAGAGGGUCGUUGCUUGUUUGCCAGUGGCAGUCCCUUCGAGCUGGUGACUCUGAAAGAUGGAAGAACCUUCAAACCAGGCCAAGGAAACAAUGCUUACAUUUUUCCAGGUGUGGCUCUCGCUGUCAUCCUCAGCAGUGUUCGACACAUUAGUGAUAAGGUUUUCCUAGAGGCUGCUAAGGCAUUGACAGAACAGCUGACCGAUGAAGAACUUGCACAAGGAAGACUUUAUCCUCCACUGUCUAAUAUCAGGGAAGUUUCUAUUUAUAUUGCUGUCAAGGUUAUGGAAUUUUUGUACGCAAACAACAUGGCUUUCCAUUACCCGGAACCUGCAGACAAGAACCGUUACAUUCGAUCAAAGGUUUGGACCUACGAAUAUGAAUCCUUCAUGCCAGAUGUGUAUGACUGGCCUGAAUCUAAGGUUCACUGA